AUGCUUCUAGGCUUACAGGUUACUAAUAAGUUCCGUAAAGAGUCAGAAAUAUUGUCGACAGGAAAUCAAACGGAAAUGUACAUCAAAGCAGAUAAAUUUUGUAUUAAUCGACUGAAUGGUCGACUACUUUACGCUGAAAAUGUCGAUGAGUUUAAAUAUCUGUACAAGAUCUUUUACGAACAUCCAGAAUUUUCAAGAAUACCUGUGUCUAUGUCAAUAUCAAACAACGAGCUAAAUGUGUACGCUGAAACUGAUUUGCUUAAUGAGAACAUUCAUUACGGCGCUGGUGUUCAUCAAUUUUUAGUUAGCUCUGAAAAUAAAGGAAAAUACUGGAUUGGAGCUACUUACAAAUCUGGAAAAUGGGUUUGGGAAGACGAUGAGGUACUUGACCCAAUAAAGUUCUCCUUAACCAGUGGGUCAUCAUUCGAGUGCCUGGCUGUUGUUAAUGGAAAGUUACAAUAUUAUAGAAGUUGCUCCGAGAAUAACGAGUUUGUUUGCGAAUACUCAAGUAAUUUCAAUUAUGUUAAAAGUAAUGAAAUCAAGAGGGUCGUCUGCAAAGGAUACUAUAACUUAGCAGAACUGCAAGCUGCUAUUGAAGAUGACACUGAAGAUACAGUGGAACUUGAAGAUACAACAGACAGCGGUAUGUUAGGUUAUUUAAAAGAAUACAUUUAG